AUGUUUCUGGGUGCCGAUGUUUCGCUGCUCUCGCUAGGGCUUGAAUUUCUGAUUACGGUUCCACAUGCGAGCCGAAUGUGGUGUGAGGAGGUCCAGGGAGUUGCUAAGCGAGCAGCGCCAACCACGACGACCACCGCAAGACAGGUUGAGUCGCUCGAGGGCGAGACCAUCCGCGAGAAAACCAAGGAACGUUACUACAUGGGUGAGCUGAUUAAGGCCGCCGCGCCCACGGCCGUAGGUGUGGCCGGCGGCGCGUGCCAGGACCACGACCUGGCGCUCUCGGCCGCCUUCCUUGCCGCGCUGCGUCGGAUCAGGCCGGCGGCGGUAGCCCGCGGCGGCGGCGGCUGUGCGCCAGCGGCCCCGCGCUUCCCGCGCGCCCUUGACGUCGGCGCAGGCGUCGGGCGGGUGGCCGCGGAGGUGCUGUCGCGGCACUGCGAGCGUGUCGACUUGCUGGAGCCCGCCGCAGGCCUGCUCUCCGCCGCGGGCGCAAGCCUGGCGCGGGGCUUGCCGGCCGGAAGGCUGGGAGAGCUCUACCUCGGCAGCGCACAGGCGUUCUCGCUCGCGCAGCACGCGCCCUGGGACCUGGUGUGGUGCCAGUGGCUGCUGAUGUACCUCUCCGACGAGGACGCCCUGGAAUUCCUGCGCCGGGCCGCCGCGGAGGCCCUCUCCGGAUCCGGCGUGCUGGCGGUCAAGGAGAAUCUGCCCGAGGCGGGCCAGCGCACCUAUUUCGAGCUCCCGUGCGGAGAGGCCUACCCAGGGCCCGGUUGCGGAGACGGGGAGCUCCCGGUGGCCGUCGUGCGGUCCACCGGCCACAUGGAGAGGCUCUUCAGCUCCGCCGGCCUUGCCGUCGUCCUCCAGGAGCACGACCGCUCGCAGCCCGCCGUCAUGUACGGCCUGGUGCCCCGCGGGCGCGAGGGGCCCUGGCUGCAGCGGCGAGGGCGCGGCGAGGGGCCCGCGGGCGGGGCGCGGACGGGCCCCGGCGCCGCGCAGCGCCCGCGGCCGGCGCCCGCCGCAGCGGCGGCCGCGGCGGCGGCCGCGGCGGCCGCCUCUGUGGCGCUGGCGGGCGGGCGGCCGAGGUGCUGGCACCUGUCUGGACACCAUCUCUUUGGCGAGCGGGGUAUGCAUGACGAGAUUGGCAAGCCUUCCCUGUGCAUGGAGCCAGCGAUGCCGGAGGAGUGGCGGGAGCUGGCGGGCUGCAGCGUGCUGCGGCCGCCGGCGGGCACGCAGCCACGCGCCGUGGUGCACUUCGUGGGCGGGGUCUUCGCCAGCGCCGCUCCCCGGCUCUUCUACCGGGAGUUCUGCGAGCAGCUCGCGCAGGAAGCUUGCGCCAUCGUCGUGGCCACCGGGUAUAAGACUGCGUUUGACUACGACUCGUGCGCGGACGAGGCGCUCAGCAAGUUUGAGGCCGCCCUGUCGCAAUUGCGCGAGGAGGAGGGCGAGCUCGUCGGCCCCGGGAAGAUCUCGGAGCUGCCCGUGAUCGGGGUCGGCCACUCCCUUGGCGCUCUGGUCACCCUGCUGGUAUCGAUGCGGGCCCCGCGUGCCGGCGCCGUGCUCAUGUCUUUCAACCAGAGGGCGGUGGCGGAGGCCAUCCCGGUGCCACUGCCGCUGCUGCCGGAGGAGGUCGGGGGCGCGCUGCGGCGGGAAGCCGUGGAGGCGCUGGACGAGGAGCGCCUGCGACGCGGCCUGGGCGACGCGCUGGGUCGCGAGGCCGCGCCCUUUCUCUCGCAGUUCGGCGGCGUGCUCGGCGACCUCGCGACCGGGACCCGCGACUUCAGCCCCGAGAAGCCGCAGAUCGCGGCGCGGGUGCGCGAGUCCUACGCCACGCCCAGGACUUUGCUGGUGCAGUUCGGCAACGACUUCAUCGACGAGACACCCUGGUUGCUGGGCACGCUGGAGGCGGCGGCCGCAGAGGCCAGCGGCGGCCUGACGCAGGAGCCCGCCGGCGGCGGCGAGGAGCCCGGCGGGGAGGCGGCAGAUGGUGCAGCGCGGCGGGGUCGGCUGCAGGUCGAGGACCUCUGGGUGGACCUGGGCAGGGCACUGGAGAGGCUGCUGCGGCUCACCGCCGGCACCAACCGCGGGUUCCCUUGGGAGAGGGAGCUCAGCUCACGAAUCGCGGUGCAUGCCUGGGUUGGCGCCAUCUUCCUCCAGAUCUGGCCGUAG